CUCGUCAGCUAUUGCCAUGCCCAUUGCGAGCAAUUCCGCAGUCACAUGCACCGAGCAUAUCACCGCUACGUCUCGGACUGCCAGUUCGGAAAACGGUAACAGCACCAUCUCCGCACAACAGGUGAGUCUCUUAUUUGAAAAAAUACAUGCAUUAGAAAACCAGCUUCGAGACGCACAAGUACAGCUGGUUAGUAACAACCAAUCUCGAUUGUUCGAUGAAAGCGCCCGUUAUAACGGGCAGUCCGUCGUGCCAACGGUUCCAAAUAGUCUUUACAAUCCCGCGCUUUAUAGUCAGUCAAAUAGCGAAAACGGUGUCUAAUCGUUGUCUUUGUCAGGUCUUUCGCCAGCACACAUAUACACAAUUGCUUCGCAGCCGGCAACAACAACACUGCCUAACCUUAAUGACGGUUGCCGGUCAAAUGUUGUUUUCAGUGCACUGCCAUGCCGACCGCCUUCAAUAGCAACGAGUGCAGAUUCGUUUGUAAACAGAAUACACACACCGCAAUCGCUAGUUACUGCUGGCAAUUAUCAAAUGCCGCGUAAAGUUCAAGACUUACCCGAAUUUAGUGGUCAUGCGGAGGACUGGCCAUUGUUUUCAAAUGCAUAUAUGCAAUCAACUGCCGCCUACGGUUACACCAACCUGGAAAAUAAUCAACGCCUACUGAAAUGCCUAAAGGGAGAAGCCAGAGAAGUGGUGAAGUCAUUGUUGAUCCACCCGGAUAACGUAAACGCUGUCAUGGAGCAACUAAAAUUUCGAUUUGGUCGACCGGAGGGGUUGAUACGCAGCCAGCUUCGACAACUGAAAGAAAUAGGUCCGAUUUCUGAGUCAGCUAUUGAAAAGCUUAUUCCGUUCGCAACGAAGACUAAGAAUUUAUCUAUCUUUCUACAGUCGGUGGAUGGAUUUCAACAUCUUUCAAAUCCAACGCUUUUAGAAGAGUUGAUUAGCAAGCUGCCCAUUAGUAAAAGAAUGGAUUGGGCCAGAUAUGCCGCUACGAUCAAACCAUAUCCAACUGUUGUUGACUUUAGCAACUGGCUUAGCGAUUUAGCAAAUUUGGUUUGUACUCUGCAAGAUAGUGAUAGUCGUCGACGGGUAGUCCUUCAUGCGAUGGAAAACAAUUCCAGGGAAUCCCAACCCGCUGCCAGGUGUCCGAUUUGUAAAGGACAUCACAAAAUUAGUGUAUGCAAGAAAUUCGUAGAUUCCUGUGUGGCUGACAGGUGGGCUCAAACAAAGCAGAACCGGCUGUGUUUUUCGUGCCUGAGAAGCGGUCAUUCGUCACGCGAUUGCCGUAGUCGUACAUUGUGCAUGGUCGAUGGUUGUCAGCGCAAGCACAACAAACUUUUGCACGAGCCUAGCAGCGCCGCCAGUGCAACUGUCACACAACGACGAGAACAACAGUUGGUAGGUACCACCAACGUGAUGGAGUCAAUGCUAAGCUGCUCCUCAAAUUCAACUAAGCAACAAGGGCUCUUAUUUCGCGUCUUGCCAGUAACAUUAUAUGGGCCGCGUAACCGAGUUGAGACAUUCGCGAUGUUGGAUGAAGGAUCGUCCAUCACUAUGAUGGACCAGGGACUUCUGAAAAAGCUAGGUAUCGGUGGCCAUGAAUACGAUUUGAAUAUGCAAUGGUUUGGUGGAAGAACUGCCCAGGAAGCUGCCACGGUUGUUGAUCUGGAAAUCAGCGGUAAGGGCUUAACUAAACGUCACAGAUUGCGCCACGUUUAUGCUUUACCGAACCUUAAUCUGCCAGUACAAAGCCUCAGUAGCAGUGCCCUACGUGGAGUGGCAACUCGCGAUUUGCCCAACAUGCCUAUGCCUUUUUCCAACGUCACUCCAAAGAUACUCAUCGGGUUGGAUCAUUGUCAUUUAGGUUUACCAUCCGUAACAAUGCAGUUGGAAGAUCGAGGCCCGUAUGCAGCCAACACGGAGCUUGGUUGGGUGGUCUUCGGUCCGACCGGGAAGAGCGUUGCCUCAAACGCAGCAUGUCUACAUAUAAAGGAGGUAAGCGAUUUGCAUAGUUUGGUUGAAGAAUAUUUUGACAUUGACAGCUUUGGAGUGCGUUCUGCACCAGUCGUAAAGAGUGCUGCAGACGCACGUGCUGAGCGCAUACUAAAGCAAACAACGUUUCGUGUAAAGGGGAAAUUUCAAACAGGACUCCUUUGGAAAACUGACUGCGUCAAACUGCCUGACAGUUACCGGAUGGCUGAGAGCAGAUUGUUGGGUAUUGAGCGUAAAUUUAAAAGGGACCAUACGUUCGCAGCAGCGUAUAAAGCCAUAAUACAGCACUAUAUUGCGAGAGGAUACGCGCGGAAGCUGACACCAGCUGAGAGCGAAACUGAAAACCCAAGACUAUGGUACCUGCCCCAUUUCGCGGUUGUUAACCCUAACAAGCCGUGGAAAUUGCGCCUUGUGUUUGAUGCAGCUGCAUCAGUCGGGGGUGCGUCACUUAAUGGAAGUUUGCUCAAAGGGCCGCAAGAGUAUCAGCCGAUGCCUUCAGUGCUCUUUAAUUUUCGUACCGGGCCAGUCGCCGUAUGUGGAGACAUAAUGGAGAUGUUCCACCAAAUUUACGUCCGGCCCGAAGAUAGAUGCUCGCAGAGGUUCCUGUGGAGAGAAGAUGAGAAGAAACCACCAGAGAUUUAUGAGAUGCAGGUUAUGACUUUCGGUGCUGCCUGCUCCCCGUGUGCGGCACAAUUCGUUAAGAUGUUAAACGCUCAGGAAUACGCAGACCGCUUCCCUCGCGCAGUGGAGUCUAUAGUGAAGUACCACUACGUUGAUGACUUUGUGGACAGCUUCGAGUCAGUCGAGCAGGCAGUCAGCAUAGCAAAGCAGGUGUCCAAAAUCCAUGAAGCAGCCGGAUUCCAAAUGCGUGGAUAUAUAUCCAAUUCAGUUACUGUAUUAAAAGCGCUUGGAACUGAUGUCGAUGCGAGAAGCAUUAGCAGCUGUUUUCACGUAAAGAAUCCUGCAGCUGAAAAGGUACUUGGAUUGUUUUGGCAACCUCAAGAUGAUACGUUUAGAUACGAGCUUAAAUUCCCUCGACUGGAAGCUGAAGUCAUCAGUGGAAGCAGGCCACCAACGAAGCGAGAAGUACUUAGUUACGUUAUGUCCAUUUUUGAUCCAUUGGGAUUUUUAAGUCAUCUGGUAGUGGGAGCCAAGAUCAUAAUGCGUGAAGUUUGGCGACGCANCACG